GUUGGAGGCGGUAAUGUACCUCUAAGCUGGUUUGCCAACCGCCAAUAAACACUACAGAAGAAGAAAGAAGUGCAGUCAGCCACACAUCAUGGGUGGCGGUGCUGUCUGUGUCUGGAUUAGCUAGAAACUAAUUUUCACAGAUGGUCACUGCAGAAGGAAUAUUUUUUUAAUUAGGAAUCAUCCCUCUGUGUCUAUUCAAGCUAUCAGAAGUCUUCGGGGGAAUAAAAUGGAGAGUCCCCUGCCCCUGUCCUCGUUGAGGCUCCUGGUUCCACCUCUGCGGGUGAUGACGGCUGUGAUGUGGAAGGUGGUUCGUCUGAGGAACAUCAUGCAUUAUGGCAAAGUGGAGGAGUUUGUGUCCUUGGUAACUGAAGCCAUCCCUGACAUUUUGACAGACAGACAGAUGAGACUGCUCACUCUGGGCUUAAGAGCAAAGAUGACAUUACAGAUGUUAACUUCUGAACAGUCAGAGGAUCUCAGAGGUGUUAAAACACGCUUCCUACCGUCUAGCUCGAAACAGGUUCAUCCAGGAAAUGAAGCUCUUGAAACCAACUUUGUCAGGCUUGUUCAGAGACUCCUGGAGGACCCUAAAGGGAGAGAGCACUUCCUCAAGAAUGUGUUUCCGGUGGAGUAUGGGCCUGACUUUGAUACGGCUCUGGAGACGCUGGUUUGUGAGUUCUUCACCAGGCUGGAUGAGUUGCUGCUUAUACCAGACUUUAAGCAGACCGCAGUGUGGAUCAGUGAUACACCCUCCGUGCUAGAAGAGUACAUGCCGUGUGUAUCCAAAGCAGAUGACCUCAAAGUACUACUCAGAAGCAAGGCCCACUGUGGUAAAAUGGCCAAGAUGGAUACCAGCGUGCCCUCUCCCUCAGAGCAGCGGCUCUUCUCAUCUUUAUCUCUCCCUUCUUCACUGCGAGAGACCAACGGCAAAGACGUAGAAUCUAACACAGAAACAUUACAAAAGCAAAGAGAGUCUGAGGGGAUUUCUCCUCAGGACGCAGCAGAUAUGGCGAUUCAGGAUACAAGAUGGCCAUCUGAGGCGGAAACAAACAUUCUGGACAGCAGCAAUGCAGAACAAACAACAGGGGGCGAAUGCAGUGACAGCAUUCCUGAUGCUCACGUUGUGGAGGAGUAUGAUGACAGAGCAUCAGACACCUGCCGAUCUCCCUCUAUGUCUACAGACAGUCCUUUAUUGUCCAGCUCUGUGAUUGACCCACCACGGCAGAGAGUUGCACAAAAAUGCACUCAGUGUGGAAAGUGCUUCAUCUAUCUCUAUGAACUCCUGGAGCAUCAGAGGCUGCACACUGGAGAAAACCCUUACAAGUGCUCUCAGUGCGGGAAGGCCUUCAGGAGGACCUCUGACCUGUCAUCUCACAGACGGACACAGUGCACAAAAGCAGCUUAUAUUUGCAUCAAAUGUGGGAAUAGCUUUCAAUCGGUACAGGAAAAAUUCAGACACCUGUGUGUUCACAGUGUCAAAAGGUUUGACUGUUCUCAGUGUGGAAAAAGCUUUAAGAAAAUGCACUUGCUGGGUAAGCAUGAGCUGACUCACACCCAGAACCGUAUCUUCACGUGCAGACAGUGUGGGGAAGUAUACCCAAGUAUGAGUGAGCUGAGAUCCCACCAGAAGAUUCAUCCUCCUGAGCUGUCCAAUCAAUGCAUGCAGUGUGGGAAAUUUUUCAGCUCUGCUGCCUGUUUGACGGCCCACGAGCUGCGCCACAGGCAACAGAAAACACAGAUUUGUGUGCGAUGUGGCAAAGCUUUCAAGAACAAACACGACCUGAAUCUUCACAUGCGCAGUCACACAGGCGAGAGGCCAUUUCAGUGCACGUACUGUGGCAAACGUUUCUCCGUGUCGGGAAACCUGAACAUUCACAUAAGGAUCCACACUGGAGAGAAACCGUAUCUGUGCUCUGACUGCGGAAAGGCGUUUGUUUCAGCCGGCGAGCUGCAGAUACACAGACGCACCCACACGGGGGAAAAGCCAUACAAGUGCACUGUAUGUGGGAGGGGAUUCACCAUGGCGAGCAAGGUGACACUUCAUAUGCGCGUUCACACCGGUGAGCGCCCUUACAUCUGUUCUGAAUGUGGGAAAGGUUUUUCUCGUGGCAGCGAAUUGAAGAAACACACCAUGAACCAUACGGGGGUGCGACCAUAUGCUUGUCAGCUGUGUGCAAAGACUUACACAUGCCUCAAUCACCUGAAGAGACACUUGAAAACUCACAGUGUAGUGCAAAACCAGACUAAUUCCGAAAUGAACGACGCGGAAGAAUUCAGUGUCCCUUUCUCCUCGCUGGCACUCCUGGUCCCACCACUUCGACUGAUGUCAGCAGUAAUGUGGGAAGUUGUACGCCAGCGGAACAUAAAGCACUAUGGGAAACUGGAGGAGUUUGUGUCCAUGGUAACCGAUGCAGUUCCUGAACUGAUGAGUAAAAGAGAAGGGAGACUGCUCUCACUGGGCCUGAGAGCAAGGACAACUCUUGAGCUGUUGCGUUCUGAACACCCUGAAGAUCUCAAGGCUGUUGAGAGCCACCUCAACCGAAUCCGAACUUCUUGCAUUGAAGAGACCAAUGAUCCUGUAAUUGAGGCCCCAGAGGCGAACUUUAUGAAGCUGGUGCAAGGCCUCAUUGAAGACAGUGAUGGCAGAGAACACUUCCUGAAGAAUGUGUUUCCAGUGGAGUACGGCCCUGACUUCGACACAGCACUGGAGACUCUGGUUUGUGAAUUCUUCACCAGACUGGAGGAGCUGCUCCCAAUACCAGAUUUCAAACAGACUGCAUCCUGGAUCAGUGCUGCCCCCUCUGUACUAGAAGAGUACAUGCAGUGUGUCUCAAAUGGAGAUGAGCUUAAAUUUCUUCUCCAGAGCAAACAGUGCCACGGGAAAUUGGCUAAGAGUAGCAUUGCUCCGUUUCCGUCAGAUGAUCUUCUCAUUCCCUCUCUGUCUCUUCCUCCAUCGCUGGAAGUGGCCAUCGCUUCCCACCCGAGUGCUUGUGACGAUGAAAAUAAUGACGUUCCUCAGAUUGUCAUGUUCGAUGAAGAACUGUCUACAAACCCUUCCACCUCAACUGACUUUCCUGAAUCCCCAAAAAGGACUGACAUCUCAUCGUCUCCUCGCAGGAGACAGUCAGGGCUGCAUAAAUGCCCCGAGUGUGACAAAUGUUUCAAGCACCACUCAGUCCUCAUCGAACACCAGAGAGUCCACAGCGGGCUGCAGCCUUACAACUGCUCUGAGUGCGGGAGGGCUUUCAGAACAGCCACUCUGCUGGCCGGUCACAGGCUACGGAAAUGCAAAAAUGCUGCAUAUCUGUGCAUUAAAUGUGGGAACAGUUUUCCAACCUCACUGGACAAAUUCAGACACCACUGUCCAAAACGGGGCCGUAGCUACGAUUGCGGGCACUGCGGAAAAAGUUUUCAAAAGUCAAGCAGCUUAAAAGAACACCUGCUAACUCACGUCCAAAGCCGCCUUUUCAAGUGCAGUCAUUGCGGGGUGGGUUUUUCAGGAAUUGGUGACUUGAAGUAUCAUCAGCAGGUUGAUCAUGAUAAGCCUUAUCAGUGUAAGCAAUGUGGAAAGAGCUUCAUUUCCUCCAAGUGUCUCACCAAACAUCAACAACGUCAUGAGGAGGUGGGUGAAAUGGAGAGCGCCAAAUUAAUGAGUGGAGGGAAACACAGGAAGAGCGGCUCAGCUCAUCGGACUUCCUCGGCAUCUAUGUCCUCCAGGAAAACAUCGGUCAAGGCUGUCUACGCGCGAGGACGAGUCACGCAUAAUUGUCCACUGUGUGGAAGGAGCUUUAAGUAUCGAUUUGAAUUCCUCGAGCACCAGAGGUUCCACACUGCGGUGAAACCUUACAAGUGCUCGCAGUGUGGCAAAGCCUUCCGCACAGAGGCUCACCUCUCCAGGCACAGGAAGAGGAAGUGUAAAAAUGCUUCCCACAUUUGUACCAAGUGCGGGUGUCAGUUCAGGUCUCUCCACGAGCGGGUCAGACAUCAGUGUGUCCAGCUGCUGACAAAAUACGAAUGUUCUCAUUGUGGAAAGACCUUCAAGAUGGCCCACCUGCUGAGGAACCAUCAGAUGAGUGAACACCAGCUUCCCUACAGCGCCAACCAUCGCUUCAGGUGCAGAUACUGUGAUGAGACGUUCCCUGGCAUCAGCGAGCUCAAGUACCAUCAGAGGGUGGACCACGAGAAACCCUAUCAGUGUCAGGAAUGUGGCAAGUGUUUCCUGUCUGAGAAAUGCCUGGCCAACCACGAGCUGCGCCACAACGACGACAGACCAGAGAGUUGUCUUGUGUGUGGCCGCGGCUUCAGAAACCGCUACGACUUGAAGCAGCACAUGCGCACUCACACGGGAGAGCGACCUUACCAGUGCACUCACUGUUCACAGUGUUUCUCCACAGCAGGAGGUCUGCGGAGUCACACCAGGGUUCACACCGGCGAGAAGCCGCACGUUUGCCCAGAUUGUGGUAAGGCUUUCUCCCAGAUGGGUGCAAUGCGCACCCACAGGCUCACCCACACGGGAGAAAGGCCAUUCAAGUGCACAGUGUGUGGCAAAGGUUUUACAAUGGCACACAAGGUGACCGUUCACAUGCGUGUGCAUACGGGAGAGCGGCCGUACGUGUGCACUCAGUGUGGGAAAGCUUUCUCAGAUGGAAGUGUGCUGAAGCAGCACAUGCUGAACCACUCAGGGGUGAGACCAUACCACUGCCAGAUCUGUCCCAAGACCUACACCUGUCUGAACCACCUGAGGAGGCACCUGAAGAGCCACUCGAACAUGAGCUGAGCAGAACAUUUUACACAUACUGACACCGCAUUUGGUAGUUAGGCUACUACAAUUGCAAAGGACCAACUAAACCAAGCAAUACAUGAAGGGAUGUCGAAUAAUGCUGUACAGUUGCUGUUGAAAGGAGGAAAGUUUCCUCGUCACUGUAAAGUAAAUGUAGUCACAUUAGCCAAUUGUCAAGCACUAUUUGAACAUUUAAAGGAAUUGCUUUACAUUUUGGGAAAUGCACUUAUUGAUGAUAAUUAAAAUAAUUGGAUGAGAAAAUUGAUACCACUAAUAGACUGUAUAAAAAUGGACGACAUGACACCUCCCCAAAGUGAAGCCAAAACAUCUCGAUCGCCCCCUGGUGGCUGAAUGCAAUAUAGGUCAUAAAGCCCUCCCCCUAUAUGUUAGCGGAAGGGACACGGGCCAAACUUAAAAGUAAAAGUGCACGUCAGAUAAAUGUUGCCCAAAGAUGGUUUCUGUCAUGUCUAUCACGCUGAUGUAUGUUCAAGUGUUUCUUUUUUUUUGAUGAGUUUUAAUUUUAAUGGUUUAGUUAUUUGAUGCUAUAACAAGGGGGUGAGACUUUCAUUGACUGCUGCGCUGAGUGAAGAAGUCGCAGAGCUGGAGGCGAGAGAGCAGAUGUAACUUUAGCUUUCCAUGGCCGUCACAAGUCUGUGUAAAAGAAUAUUAUGGGUAGCAUGAUGUCUUUCUAGACAAACAGCUACCAUGGUGCUAACAAAGUAGCUCUGUGGCCGUCCUCGGCUCGUGAUUGGCUCGGACGGCUUCAGCCCCCCCCCUGAUCACGACUGAAUCUGGCUCCAAAUUAUAUUUUGGCUUCACUUUUGUACAGUGGGUUGAAGAGGAGACGUGUCGUCCAUCUAUUUAUACAGUCUAAGUACCUCGCUAUAGAUAUAGAGCUGUAUCGAUCGCCUCAUCUAACUCGACAAGAAAGUAAAUAAAUGUAUUUUACAAAAUGUCAAACUAUUUCUUUAACAUCAGCACAAGCUUGUUCUUUUCCCUCAUUCCCCACCAGGCUAUUAAUAAGCUUUUCAGUUUCUUAUGCAUGAAUAUGUUUGGAUGUUAUUCUGGAAAGUAUUUGGGUGGUGAGAUUCUGUAUGUUCAGAAGCUGUAAUAUUGGUGAAAAUAUAUUUUUGGAAAGGCCUCAAAAGCAAUGUAAUGACAUGUUGGCUGUAAAUAUACUGGGGAGACUGUAAAAAUGAUGUUAAUUUCAACAUGACAUAACUUUAUUCCUGUAGCCCCCCCCCCCCCCCCCCCAUUAUUCACAUUUGUGAAUUUCAAAUUAAAUGACCUUGGUUAUAA